AACAGCGGUGGAGUACGAGGAGGAGAGAGAAAUGCCCGUGUCUUUGUUGCAGAUGCCGGGUAUGGGUUUGGGUUUGGGAUUGGGUUUGAGGUGGGGAUGGGGAUGGGGAUGGGGAUCGCGCCCACAUAACAUUAACAACAAUUGCGAUACAACUACCACUAUAAAGAAGAAGAAGCUACUGGUUGUCGCUUCUUCGGAUGAUGGAAUUGGAGAAAAGAAGACAAAAAGAGAUGAUAACGGCGGCUCUUUGGUGCUCUCCGGAACCACAGCGAGAGGACGAAGAUUGCUCAAAGUUCGUGAAGAUAAAAGGAAACGCGAAUACGAUCGCCUUCACAACUAUCCUGCAUGGGCCAAAGUUCUUGAAGAUGCUUGCAAAAGUGACGAGGAACUCCGUGCCCUUCUUGGUGACAGCAUAGGCAACCCGGAACUGAUGAGGCAAAGAGUGGAAGACAGAGUGAGGAAGAAAGGCCGCAGUAACUUCCACAAGUCUAAAACGGGUUCUGUAGUUUCCUUCAAAGUCAGCUUCCGAGACUUCAACCCUAUUGAUUCCUACAUUUGGUUUGAGUUUUACGGCUCUCCAUCUGAUCAGGAUGUUGAUAUUAUUGGCACUGUCAUUCAAUCUUGGUAUCUAAUGGGACGUUUGGGUGCUUUCAAUUCUUCCAAUUUGCAGUUGGCAAAUUCAUCAAUGGAGUAUGAUCCACUCUAUGAUGCAGAUAAGGGCUUCAAAGUGAUGCCAUCAUCAUUUCAUGAUAUCAGUGAUGUUGAGUUUCAGGAUAACUGGGGCCGUGUUUGGGUAGAUCUUGGUACGUCAGAUUUUUUUGCCAUCGACGUGCUCCUCAACUGCUUAACUGUAUUGAGUUCAGAAUAUUUAGGUAUUCAACAAGUAGUUUUUGGGGGUCGCCGAAUAGGCGAUUGGGAAGAAGGGAUGACAAACCCAGAAUAUGGAUACAAGUACUUCAAAGUCUAAAAGCAAACCUUGUUCAAGUCUUUCCCUUGCACACGCAGUUUUCUUUCUCUUACUGGAAAGUCAUCAUCUAGCAUGGCAUGAGAGAUUAUAAGAUGAAUAUAAAGUAUGAUGGUGGAAUUCGAGUUCAAGUUGCAGUUGAAAGAUCUCUUAGAAACUGUGAACGAAUUUUCUUUUUCUAGAUAGUGAUUUCGGCUUGUCGGUGUCGUCACCAUUCCAUGCUCCAAGACCACAUCACCUUUAGAAGAUCUUUCCAGUUUCCAUGGGGAACUGGUAAGGGAACCUUUGAUAGCCCGAAAAAUGUGAUGGGAUGGAUCUCUUUGACAUUUUAGUUUCACUUGGUGCUGCGCAUAGAGAGACAUGAAAGCACAUGUUUCAAAUUGAAUUGUGAAUUAUGUCUCGUUGUUUUUUAAAAUAGUUUAAAUGAGAAGAAUGACUAACUUCCAUCCUACAA